AAACAAAAUCGCUCCCUCUCUUUCUAACCUGCCUGCCAAAAAGCAAGUAAACGCCUCUCUCCCCACUCGACACUGCGGGCCGCUUUCGCUGCCGCAGACGCGAUUUUGCGAAUUCGAACACUCCCAAACAAUCGCCGAUAAGACUUCCGCGGAGCACCACCGAUUUUCGCACAUACCAGCGUGCUCCUUUGAGAUGUCUUUAUACAUUGGUAAUCUGUCAUCCCGCAUUCACAAAGAUGAGCUUGAACGUGUGUUCCAAAAGUUUGGUCGGUGCGACGUACGGAUGAAAGAUGGGUAUGGAUUUGUGGUGUAUGAGUUUCCCCCAAAUGCCGAGAAAGCCCUGAAAGCACUGCAAAAGAAGUACAUCUGUGGGCAGCCAUUAACGCUCACAUGGUCAAACAAACAACCUAGACCAAUUAACAGACACGGAGGAAGGCCCGUUAGGCGUUAUGACUCACAGCAUGUUGGAUUUUCUGCACGAGGUACCGAGUAUGGUCGGGACAGGUUAGGUUCCCCUGGUCAACAUGAUUAUAGAAUGCUCGUUAAGCAUGAAGAUGAACGUGAAAGAAGGUUCGAUUCUGAUAUGCUUGAUGAAGGGACAGCUUUCCACCAUGACGACAUGAAGGAUUUUCAUGGUCAAGAGCAUCGCGGUUACAGGGAGGAUGAAAUGGUAGAAAAUGAUAGAUGGGAUCUCCGCAAUGUGCUGAAUGAACAUGAUGUCAAUGAUGGAGAGGGGUUCGAUAGGUAUGAACCCUACCAGGACAGAAUUGAUGAUGGUAACCCUCAAUUGGGCCAUUCCAGCGGGUCUCCUUCUCAACGAAGCUUCCUAGGGGAUAGAAGGAGAGAUCACUUUGGUGAAGGAAAUUUGAAGCGCAAGGAUGCUUGCUAUAGUUGUGGGAGCCUGGGUCACAAAAUGAGGAAUUGUCCUGAGAAAAAUUUUGUGAGGACAAACUGGUCCAAGUUUAACCAAACAGACGGUAACAAUGUGCAUUGGAAAGAGAGAAGUGAAGAUGAGACAGAAAUAUCUAGGUCAAGGGAAACACUGGGAUCAGGGAUGGAUAGGGGUAAGAAUGAUGUGAAAUCAUCUAGCUCAAGGAAGCACCACGAACUAGCAAAGUAUAACAGCUCUCCAAUAGAAAAGGAAGUGGGCACAAUAAAGGAUCGUGAAAGAAAGAAACGAAACAGGAAAGAAAGUGGAUCACCUAAGGCAUGUAGCACAAAGAGAGGAAGAAGGUCGCUUUCAUCUCCUGAUUCAGAUCACAUGGGAUCAAGAUCAGUUCCUAAGUCGUCAAAGCAUACUCGGAUGUCUUAUGCUCGCUCUAGAUCGAGAUCGAAAUCUUCUAGGACUCGUUCAUUAUCAUCAGACUCGAGGUCCGGUUCAACAUCACAUAGAUUCAGAAAUACUAAGUCGAGAUUGAGAUCUAUCUCGCCUGCAUCAUUGUCUUUGUCUGUGUCACUUGGACAACCUUUGCCAUCCUCAGAUAAGAUUCAGUUCAAUCCGGAAGGUGGCAUGGAUGCUGUUAAACCUGCAGAGUCCAGGGAGGUGGUGGUUGAGAAGGAACAGACGGUAGAAUCUAAUACAAAGGUGGAGAAUUCUGAACUUGAAAUGGACGCGACUGUUGCAAAUUCGGGAAGUCCGGUUCUAUCUUUGGAUAUGGAAGGCGAAGUUAAAAAAGGGAAGCUUAUGCUUAAGGACAGUGAAAUUUUGUCAGCAUCUCUCAAUGUUGUGAAAGACCCAAGCACUGCCCUAACAGACGGAAGUACAAGAGUUGCUAUGAGUUCUUCGCCUAAGAGGCUGAUGGAGAUUGCUUUUGAGAAUUCAAACCCAGUGAUGCCAGACCAUGUGCCAUGUUCUAUCACGAAACCAGAGUCUGAACUGUCUGUUAUUUCUGGCACCUGCAAUUUAACAGAUAUUUCCCCAGACGAGUUGUGUAAGGUUAUAAAGCAUUAUAAUCUUGAUUCGGCAGAUGAGGAUGCAAGGCAUUUAAGCCCAGAGGCUUACUUUGGUUCUUCUCGCUUGUGGCCUUGGGAAAUUAUCUAUUACAGGAGAUUGAAGAAAGGUCCUAUAUCUGUUGAAAACUAUGCUAGGCGGGUGGAGCAAAACCAUAAAUUUGGUAUUGUUGACAAGUACAUUAGAAGCAGUAGUGGAUGGGGAGAACUGAACCAAGGGAAUGAGUAAGACCUAUAGCUCCUAAGAUGGAUUUUUGGCGCAUCGAGACUUGCCCGAGACUGACUUACAGCCAUGCUCUGAUUCUAGGGGGUACUUAUUUUGAGAAGCUUUGAAAAGGUUGGGUAUUCAUAAAAGGAAAGGCAUGAUGCUUCUAAAGGUAACUAGGUUGGCCAUUCAUAAAAGGAACAGCAUGAUGCUUCUAAAGAAAUAAGCAGUUGCCCCCAACCCUACUAGCCAUCAGUUUUUCCAGCCAUGCCGCCAAUCUCGUUGCUCCCCCCAUCUUUACAGGCACUCCCCUAGUGAGCAGAACAAGCACAGACAAGAAGGAACCACCUCCCCUCUGG